AUGAUACCACGAAUAAUUCCAAAAAGAAUUCUCCUAGCUCAAGUGAGAUGGAGUUCGAGUAUAGCGAUCCCCUACUUGCAUUCUAUGGAGGCGAGAUGCCGAUCUUGUGGCGUCAAACUCCAGAACAAAAACAGAGAUGAGCUCGGGUACUACAUCGCUAAAAAGGCGGAAACUGACGCCAAAGCCAUGAAGCCGGCGGAUAAAGUGUACAGCGAGAAAUUCAAAGGCUUGUCGAAGGAGGACCAUGAGCUACUCUUGAGCAACGACUUUGGCGGCAAUAAUGAAAGCCGCAGUGCUUCACCAUCAUCACCACCUGACGAUGUCUCCAGCACGAGUCCCCUAGACUCUGUCCGGAAAAUGUUCACUUUGAACCUCAACGAAAACGACAUUGACUGCUUGCGGUGCCGAUCAGCGAUAUACCAGUCCAAAUACACAAUGGACAAGACCGAGUUCCCCAUCAAGCAAUUGCAGCACGUUCUAGCCAAGAUCCCCGACGCAGCCCCCAUCGUUUACCUCGUGAGCGCUACUGAUUUCCCCAUGGGGUUAAACCGCGCCAUUUUGCAAUUCCGCCCCGCAUCGCAAGUGCGAUUCAUCUUGACGAAAGUUGACCGGUUAGUUCAGCGGCGCCAUGAGGCAUCCUAUGAUUACAUCAGGACCUUUUUCGCUGAUUACAUGCACGUGCAAUAUGGCGUGCCCAAGCAAAACACGUUUAUUUCAUCGAGCCUGAAGCUGUGGAAUAUGGAGGCGUUGGAUCUGUUCAUACCGGAGGGCGCUUAUAUCGUCGGUAGUACCAACUGCGGCAAGUCGACGUUGAUCAAGAGCUUGAUGCUCAGGAUGGAUCUUCAUGAUAAGCGCCAGUUUGCGUACCGAUUGCCGUUCAAGAUGGCCAAGAAUUUAAAGGGACAGUAUAGAAGAGAGUUUGAGAAAAAGAUUGGGCCUGGCAUGUCGCAUUUGCCGGGGUUCACGCGUGAGAUUAUCCCCGUUGCCAUUGGAUUAAAGACGGUGUACGAUGUGCCUGGCUUCAAUAACAACGCCCAGAUUCAUCAUUUGUUGAACCGGUUCAAGCUGCCGCUGAUGAUACCGCGGUUGAUGAAAGGUCAAACUACGUACGAUAGAGGUUUGUUCAAUUCGAAAUACGAGUCGUUCAAAGGCCCCAACGUGGUGUCCUUUUCUGGGCUUGCCUAUUUGCAAUUGGCCCCUGGUUGCCAUUAUCAAGUGCGCAACGUGACUAAUUUCGACACGCAUGCAUUUUCAAAUUUGGACAAAGCUAAAGCUGUCGCGGUGAAUGUUCCGCGGGCAUUAGAGAACAAAUUCGCUAUCAAGGACAUUGGCGAUGGAGAUGCACGAGGUUUCGAUGGCGAGUUUGACUGUUACAUGAUUCCGCCGUUUCAUGGCGCUAUUGAUUUGGUGUUUGAGAAUUUUGGGUACGUCAACAUCAAGCCCACGGGAGCUAGGAGUAGCAAUGAGUUGAUGAAGCUUUAUGUGGUGCCAGGGAUGCAUGUUGUUAUCAGGCAGCCGAUUAGUGAUUAUAUUUUAAAGACUUUCAGUGGCGUUGAUGGCAAUGGCAAUGUUUUAAAGAAGGAGCAUUGGUUUGACAAGAGUACGUUUAGAUUGAAGCGGUUUGAUGGGAAAAGUCCGUUAUAUAGCAGAUUGGUUCCUUUUGACAGUAGUGCUGCUGGAGCUGAAGCUCCCAAGGCAAAUGGGGAAGAGGUUGACUCGGAUAGACGCAGACGAGGCGAAGAAUACUCGCAGUUCAACAAACAUUUGAAUACCAGUGGCAAAGUCUACGGAGACGAAUACGUGCUUGACGAGAGCAACAAGUACCAUUUCUGGAUUGAAUAA